UUUCAGCUCCGAGUCUGAACAAUGGGACUUACCGAACACCGCGUUUAAGUUUCAAAACGUAUAUAAAACACAUCAUUCAGCUGUUUUCUUUCUGUUAAUCUAAGUGGGGAUUUAAAACAAAGUGAAGAGUUCUUGUGCUUUUAUUGGAGCUGCUGGGAUUUUGUCUUUUAUUCAGUUUAAAAGCUUCAAUUGAGGAUUUUCAGCCACUGCUGAAUCAGUGUGGUGGACACAGAAUGCCCCAGACGACGCCGUUCGCAGCCAAGUUUCCUCAAAACCCCUACGGUGGAGGUCACACCCGGUGCAAACCAGUAGAGGAGAGCUAUGGAGGCCUGCAUUAUCACGACAAUAACCUUGUGUCCGGAUCACUCGAGGCUCUAAUACAGCACCUUGUUCCCACUGUGGACUAUUAUCCUGAUAGGUCAUACAUAUUUACCUUCCUGCUAAGCUCACGUCUCCUCCUGCAUCCGUACGAGCUCAUGUCCAGAGUGUGUUACUUGUGUGUGGAGCACCACAGGGUGGGCGACCCACAGAUCGAUAAGAAGCGGAUUCGUGACAUCGCCCCGAAGAUUGUGCAGCUCCUCACAGAAUGGACGGAGACGUUUCCAUACGACUUCAGAGACGAGCGGAUGAUGCGCAGCCUUAAGGAGAUGACGCACCGGCUGGCCUUCGGGGAUGAGCUCUCUCGGAGGGCCAUGCAGCGCCUGAUCCAGCGGCUCUUACGCAAGCUGACCAUUCUGGGACAGUAUGAGGAGUUACUGGUGACGUCCAGCCCUGCUGUAACAGCUGUGUCUGACAAACCGAGUGCCCUGAAGCCUAAGCAGCACGUGGUCAGGAGGGAGGAGUGUAUACUGAACGUGUGUGAUGACCCAUUCAUCCUUGCUCAGCAGCUCACUCACAUCGAAAUGGAGAAACUCAGCUAUAUCGGACCUGAAGAGUUUGUCCAGGCGUUUGCUCAGAAAAGACUUUCUGAUAACCACAAGGGUUUCUUCAACAAAAGGAGAGUGAGUAACCUCGAGGCAUACGUCGAGUGGUUCAACCGGCUCAGCUACCUGGUGGCCACAGAAAUCUGCCUGCCAAUGAAGAAAAAGCACAGAGCCCGUGUGUUGGAGUUCUUCGUGGAUGUAGCGCGAGAAUGCUUUAACAUUGGCAACUUUAACUCUCUCAUGGCUAUUAUCACUGGGAUGAACAUGUGUCCUGUGUCCAGGCUGAAGAAGACCUGGGGUAAAGUCAACACGGACAAGUUUGAAAUCCUGGAGCAUCAAAUGGAUCCAUCCAAUAACUUCUACAGCUACCGCACUGCACUGAGAGGAGCUACUCAGAGAUCAGCUACAGCUCACACCACCAGAGAAAAGAUCGUUAUUCCGUUCUUCAGCUUGUUCAUUAAAGACAUCUACUUCCUCAACGAGGGCUGUGCUAAUCGACUACAAAAUGGACAAAUCAACUUUGAGAAAUUCUGGGAGUUGGCUAAACAAGUGAGCGAGUUUCUGGCCUGGAGACAGGUGACAUGCCCAUUUGAACGGGACAGAAAAUGCCUGCAGUACCUCAUCAGUGUCUCUGUCUUUACAGAUGAUGAGCUGCAGUUGGCCUCAUAUGAGAGCGAAGGACCAGAGAACAACUUGGAGAGAGAUACACGCCGCUCUCUCAGAUCGUCUCUCAGCAGGAUGUGAGCGCUGAUUUGAGGAUCGGGCAGAAAACUAAAUGAAGUAAAACACUGCACACGGAUAAAGCUAUUGUUUAUAUGAACUUGUAUAUAUUUGUCUUCUGUUGAAUGAUAUGAGGCUGGAUUCUCAUCUCAGAUUUGUCUUUAUGUUAAAGGAAAUAUUAAUCUUGUGUACCUCAUGUAAAGUGAUUUGAAUAAGCUCAGUAAAUGUAUUAUAAGUAUGCUUAUAUGAAGAGUGUGUCGCUGGAUGACCUCUCCUGUUACCUUCUAUAAGCUUUUCAUUUUUGUACCUGCGAGAUGUAUUUCUACAUUGGUGAAUUGUGUCAUGUAAAGGUUUUUGUAUGUAUUUGGUGAUCUGAUGUGUAUAGUCAUAUUUGCUUAUAAAAAAGAUCUAACAUAA